AUGCUCCUCAGUACAUCCCCUCGCAAACAAGUCCCUUUAGCUAGUGGCGACGAUGAUUGGGAGUCCGGCCCAUCGUCCCGGCCUGCGGCAGUCACUAAGCGCGUCUUCUACUGCGGAGUGGUUGUAGAAAACGAUGACGGCGUUGAACUCUCAGAAGACGUUCGCGAGCUCAUAGCCUCCUUUGGAGACCCUGUCCAAAUAGAGGACGCCUCUGAAGACCCCAAUUCGGCGAAAUCUCAUGCGAAUACCGCAGUGGACCAGGAUAACCGGACACGGCGACGUGCCAUGACGAAUACCUCCGCAAUACAGGACAUCAUAAACGAGCUCGUUAGCACUGAGCGCUCCUACGUCAAACGGCUGAGGGUGCUUAAACAUGACUAUGCCGAUCCCUUGCGGUCGUACGCUCGGAGCAAAGAAACGGCCAUCAUUCCCGCUUACGAGGCCAAUACGCUCUUCGGCAACAUCGACGCCUUAUUACCCGUCAACGAGGCGUUCCUAGCCGACCUUGAACUCAUGAUGGCAUCCGAUGGCCCUCAGACAGUUGGAGAUAUCGGUGAUAUUGCUCUCAGGCACUUCAAGGAGCUGCGCGGCUUCGACCUGUACAAACAAUUCUACGUUAAGAGAGAGGAGGCACAGGCAAUCUUUGAGCGCGAGAUCGCGAAGAAGUCCCGGUUUUAUACCUUCGUAGACCGUAUCAAGUACUCAUCCGCCGACACGAAGAAUCGCGUCGGUCUACGGGAGCUUAUGAUGGAGCCUGUACAGCGUAUCCCCCGAUAUACUCUCAUGUUCCGUACGAUGAUGCAACGCAUGGCACCCCACGACCCCCAAUGCGUGAAGCUCAGGGAAGCCGACGAGAUUGCAAGCAGGAUUGCUCUGGCCGAGGCGGAUGAUGCCACAAAGCGCGCCGCAGUCAUGCACUGUCUGGCGCAGACAGUCGAGGGCUUCCCACCGGGUCUAGUCUCUCACUCUCGCCGAUUCAUCGACUGUCUGGAUGUCGACGACGGGGCUGAUGGCCAGGGGCCGGUCGCUGCUGGUGUUGUUGAACCUUUGCGGUGUACCCUGUUCCUCUUUGACGACAAGAUCAUGGUUGUCAAGCGCCCAACGGAGAAAUCCGGGCGCACGCUGUCCGGGCUUGAGAAGUUAGAAAAGAUGGGCAAGGCUGGGGGUCUACCAUCCGGUCUCAAGAAGGGUGCGCUGAGCUGCAAAGGCGUUGUUGACCUUUCGGAAGUAGUGGCUACGGAUGUCGGGGGCGCAGACUUCCACCUUUUCUUCGAGAGCCCCCCGCUUGACCAGCCCGACCGCUGGUCCGGCCGCUCAUUCAGGUCAAUGACCUGCGUUAGCCCUCCAUCCCCCGCCAACUUCAAUCCGCAAAAGACAGUCAACGACAAGAAGCGCUUUCUCGAGCACAUCUGGCAGGCGCAGGUGGAUCUACGGGCACGAACCGGUCAGUCGGUCACCCUGGAAGCUGAAGAGCGGGAAGUGGAAGCGAGGGCAGGCAGGGUCACUAUUGCGCGCACCUACUUCCACGUGUACCAGCGCACAUCAUUCCUUCGAGAAGACAAGAAGACCAAGGUUGUCGUGCAAAUAGAUCCCUUUGGCAACGCGGACCCACUGCCUUUUGGCGCUCGCGGGCCGCCGUACGUCGUGAUCAGGGUGCAGCCCAUUGAAGGCGAACUGUCUCGUUAUCGGGUUCUAUCGAGCGAUCCACACGACGAUCAUGACGAGGAGGACAUAGUUCAAACUGGUCGUGUUCCCGAUCGUGUCAUACAGACAAUACAUCAGUAUGGGCUCUUCAAGUUUAGAACAGGCAAGAACUCCGCGCCUUCCACGCCUACCGCUGCCUCCCGUUCUCGCGCGGCGAUGUUUGGAUUAGACACCAUUUCCCGCAACUUAUUCGGGGCCCUUCCUGGAACUUCCUCAAAGACCGACAUCUUUGGAGGGUCGAUCAACGGUUCGCGCCGCUCCAAAUCCACGACGAGGUCCUCGACAUAUACGCAGAGCUCGGACAGCAGUCUCACGCGAUUCACUCACCGGAGCAAUUCCUCCAGCAUGACAAGUGUCGAGGACGAGUCUUUCUCGAGUAACAAGUCCAGUUACUCCCGCAAGCUUCUCAAGACGCGCAGCAAGUCGCCUGCACCUGCAUCAGGGAGUGAAUCGGAGAGCUUAACCCGAAGCAAGCGAACACACUCUCGCUCCCGUUCCCGAACUCAGUCGCGCGAACCCAGUCCUGCGCCAAUCGAGGAGGAGGAGGGUACCCUUCAGCCUCAUGGCAUGGUCUCUGAUGGCUCGGAGUGGGACCUUACCGAACGACUGGCAUUGGCACGGCGUAAUAGUCAGAAUCAAGACGGGCACCACCCGAAACAAACAUCGUCUUCCUCGUCAUGGAACGAGCCGGUGGAGGAGACUAUAUAUGAAGAGGUGCCGCCACAAGCCAUCCGCUCCACUUCUCGCGCGUCGACGGCACGACAAAGCCAACGCUCAACCACACCUCAGCCACGACCUACAACACCCAGUUAUGACCGUGAUGCUAUCCCAACGCGCACCCCUUCACGAAACUCUGACCGGCCACGGGGUCCCCGCUCACCAUCUCCUGCGCCACCUAUGCAUCGUCUCAGCCCUCCGCCCAGUCCCAUGCCGGCUGAGGGCAACUCGAUGGAGAUGGAGCUUGCUAUCGAAGCUACGCUCCUCAAUAUCCAGCAACCCUUAACUCCUGUCCGCGCCACUUCCCCUGUCGGUCGCCCGUUGCCGCAACAGCCCUCCAUUGUCCUGCCGCAUACACCUCAACGUUCGAAUAGUAGACAAAUUGAACCCCUAUCCAUCAAGAAGAAGGACUCGAUGAACGACGGACCUGUACGGACGCCGAAAGCCUUUUCCAAGACGUCGCCUCUGAUGAAGGGCCGGAUAGUCUCCCCGCGUCGAGUCUCUCCACUGAUUAGGCAUACAAAGACUAAGCUUUCGACGGCGGAGGUCGACGAGGAGCGCAUUAUAAGAUUGCAUCAAUCCGUCCAGGAAGACGUGGAGGGCUCCCGGCUGGCGAUGAAGCGCGUCAAGAUGGGUGCAGAACAACUGAGGACAUCGCUCGCGCAUGGCUCGGAGGGCGACGAAUCACCUCUAUCCCAAUUACCGAGUACUCCGCGCGGCAUGCCUCGCACACCGCAACGCACACCUGCAUCUCCUGCGAAUAAAGCCGCCCUGGAGCGAAUGGAGGAAAUGCGCCAGCUCAUUGGGAAACGCUCCUUUGUCGAGUCAAACACACCUCGCUCUCGUCCUCUGAGCUAUGAUGCGCCGCAGACGCCUACUACAUCCCGUAGCUUGACACACAGCGAUGACCUGGUUCGCUCAAUCGAGGAGGCGGCCUCUGAAGCUGACAAAGCACUGCUACGUGCUUCAUCCAGUCAAGACGCUUUAGGCAGCGAGUUGGGAGAGCUGGUAGCAGAGCUCCGGGAGAAAGCAGCGCAACUCGCGAAGACACGAGCAGAGCUCCAGAGUCAGAAGCGUCAGUGUGAGCUCGUGAAGAGUCUACUCAACAACGCAGUGGCGGAGAACGCGCUUGUUUACGACACCGUGAAUGAGGAACUUGAUGAGCUCUUCAAGGGUGCACAACUGCCCGAAACGGACGCCUGGGCCGCUAUGACGACUGACGUGCGUCGAACGAAAGCAGCUCGUAAUGAGCUAGCAAUAGAGAACUCGCAACUCAAACGACAGCUGGCAGAGGCUGAGUCGGAGAAGGAAGAGUGGGGGGCGCUUCUUCGCCAACACGGUCUUAUAUCUUGA